GUGAGAGUGUUGUCAGCGGGAGUCACCUGAGAGUCGCGCGUGUAGAACAGGAGCAGCUGGAUAAGACGCACCAGAGUUGGCGCAGGCAUUUUGCUCAUUUUUUUUCAUACAUUCUUUGAUUCUGCUGCGUCUCUUAUCGGAGGCUUGAUGCGAUCCGAACCCGCAUCAAGAGCACACCUCUGACGGACGAACCAUGGACAGUCUGGGCAGCCGCUGUAAGAUCGUGGUGGUCGGGGACACGCAAUGUGGGAAAACGGCACUUCUGCAUGUUUUUGCAAAGGACUGCUAUCCAGAGACCUACGUACCCACCGUGUUUGAGAACUACACUGCCAGCUUUGAGAUCGAGAAACAUCGCAUUGAGCUAAAUAUGUGGGACACGUCAGGUUCUUCUUAUUACGACAACGUGAGGCCACUGGCAUAUCCUGAUUCAGACGCUGUACUCAUCUGUUUCGACAUCAGCCGCCCGGAGACUCUGGACAGUGUCAUAAAGAAGUGGCAAGGAGAGACGCAGGAGUUUUGUCCCAACGCCAAAGUGGUGCUGGUAGGCUGUAAACUGGACAUGAGGACGGACGUCAACACUCUGAGGGAGCUCUCCAAGCAGCGACUCAUUCCCGUCACCCACGAGCAGGGCAGCAUGAUAGCUCGACAGAUUGGUGCAGUGGCCUAUGUGGAAUGCACCUCUAAGGUUUCCGAGAACAGCGUCCGGGACGUGUUCCAUGUCACCACGGUAGCGUCGGUUAGGCGGCCGCACAAGCCACAGUUAAAACGUAGCAGUUCCCGCAGAGGCCUGAAGCGAGUUUCACAGCUUCCCCUGCCUCCACUGCCAGGCCGGACUGAACAAAUGGACCAGGCCCCAGCCAUGAGGAAGGACCGGGCCAAGAGCUGUGUGCUCAUGUAGAGACCCAUGACUACAAAUAUAUAUAUAUAUAUAUGUAAAUACAAAAAAAAUGCAGAAUCUAUAACAGAGGAGGUCUAUUUAUUGUUCUGUUUUUCUCGUAUUUUGAAUUUUUUGCACUGCAGAGAAGAGGGGAGGAAACAAAACAUUGCGCUGUGGAAAGAAAUGCUUUGGAUUUUUUUUUAUUAUUUUUUUUGCUGCGUGUGCAUUUUUUCCAAGCUGUUUACAUAUUUGUGUUGUUUUGACAUGUUGACAAAGUGGACAAAACCUCUGGAUACAAGGAGGCUGCGAUGGUGGAAGUGCUGACUAGUCCGGGGUAUUAAGGAGGAAUUAAUUUCCGAAAACCGCUCAAGUAAGAUCAAGACAGCGAGGAGAGUGAAGCACGUUGAAGCAGGAUAUCUGAGGAUGAAGCCUGUUGUUUUUCAGAGACUGUUUCUCAGCAAACAUGGUGACUAAUUGUCUGGCUGUGCUGUCUAAAGUCUCUUCCUGUUGCCAUAUGUGAUAGGAAAACCUGUAUGUACAGUAAUGCUGAAAGGGAUUAUAGAGAUUAGACAAAUGAUGGCUCCAACAAAACAUUAGGAAAUUAGGUUUUGGAACAAAAAAAUAUUGUGAAGGUGUGUGUACGCAUUACUACUGCAAGUGCAUUUCAGUUAAAACAGUCACAACAUAUCCGACUUUUUUUUUUUGUUUCAUUAAUGUUCAUUUUUUCUCAUCAACUCCAACAGUGUCCGUUUGAUUCACUGAAGUUAAAGCCGUUGUUGCUAUUUUAAAGAUGUUUCUUUGUGGAAAAUAAAGUGAUAAAAUGUUA